GGGUCAGAAGUAGUUGGCUUGUAAAUUGCAUACUAUAGAUAGAGAAGCACUGGAGUAAAUGUUCAUGAGCUACAAAGGCAUUGAUCUAAUUACACCAAAUAAAUUUCUGCAGCCAAGUCGGCAAAAACUGCUGAUCUUAGUUGAGAUCAAAUUGAAGACUCAUCUUCUCCUAUCAAUUUUGAGGGUCCCCAAGUUUGAAACCAAUUAAAAUCACCAUGUGUUUGACAAGUGGCUUCGAUUUGUUGAUCUUAUUAGGCUUUUUUCUUCUUCCACUUGCUAAUAUAUGUGACAUGAUAGAUUGAGACUGCUCUAAAUAAAUGAGGUUUAUGACUUUUUUGCAUGAACAAAACACAUUCCAUUUCUUUUGCUAGUCUUAGUCACUUGGGUGCUUCUUUAUGUUUAACAUAUUGGGUUUGAGUGGGAGGUCAGUUUUGGAUUGCAAUCCUCAAAACCCAGAUUGUAGUGGUCUUAUCACUCAUAUGUUGGUCUCUGAUUAUCUGACUCAAGCAACUCAUUGAAGCCAAAUAUUUGUCUUACUUUGAGUAAAUAGUUUUGGUAUGCAGAAAAUGCUUUCUUCCUCUUUGGUUUCUUCUGCCCCGAAAGAAGCUUCACACAAUGAUGAACUCUUCAUGAAGCAGACAGUUCUCUUCUCAGAGAAUCUGAAUGAAUUGAAGAAUCUGAGGAAACAGUUGUAUUCAGCAGCCGAAUAUUUCGAAAUAUCCUACAGCAAAGAAGAUCAGAAACAAUUUGUGGUGGAGACCUUGAAAGAUUAUGUCAUCAAAGCAGUUAUCAAUACAGUGGACCACUUGGGUUCAGUGGCAUACAAAGUCGAUGGAUUUUUGGAUGAAAAAGUCAGUGAAGUUUCAGAACCUGAGCUUAGGCUCUCUUGCCUUGAACAGCGACUGAGGACAUUCCGAGACUUUAGCACUCAAAGAGGCUUAUUCCAACAUUCCUUUGCCAUAAACUUUCCUAAGCACCAUAAGCGAUAUAUCUUGCCAGGUGGAGCAACCACUCAUACUGUUGGCCAGUCUGCAUUGAUAUAUCAUAGUGCUCAAGGGGACUUGUCUGGGACUAAUACUGCAACAACAAGGGAGACCUCUCCAACAGUUGUCAGUGAAGAGUAUUCAUUGAUGCAUUCUCCAGAAUCUUCACCUGGAGCUUUUCAGUUCACAAGAAUCGGAUCCAAACAUGAGAAACGAACAGUCUCACCACUUAGGUUUCCAAUUCCAAGGUGUGGCUUUGUUAAGAGAUCAAGCACUCUGAACUCUUCUUCUAGUGCCAAACUGCGGUACCCAUCGGAGCCUCAGACUAGGAGAUCAGCUUCGUUAUCCCUUUAUAAUGAAAGAGACAGGACUAAAGACAUUGAAGUGGAUUCAAGCAAAAAUAAACGAUUCUAUAAGGCCUUACUGAGCAUGGGCAAAUCUAGAAAUGAUACUGCAUUGUACAAAUAUUUGGAUAAGAAUUAAAACAACAAAACACAGCAGUAUAAGCCUAUGUUUACUUUUCAGUUUUCUCUUUUGUACUUGUGUCAUCCAUGCCUGCAAGUUUCAAAUCAUUUACCUUCGAUGGUUGCUUCA